GCACGGCGUGACGGAGCUGCUGUUGUCGGUGGCGCUGGCGGCUCCGGGAGGUGCGGGAGCUCGGGACACAGGAAUGGGUCAGGAGGCAUGUAAAUCAGCCUGGCCUAAACCCGCAGGAGGUUACCAAACCAUCACUGGGAGGAGGUAUGGAAGAAGACAUGCUUAUGUCAGCUUUCGACCCUCUUUGGAGAGUCCAAACAGAACAUCAAGUCAACAAAGCAGAGACUGCGAAGGAUUGGAACUAGACGAUGUGCAGAAAGAAAACCCUUUAAUUUUAGAGAAACAUUGUGAUUCUUCAAUAUUCAGCUUUGACAGCUUAAGUUCUAAUUGUCCAGAAGAAACCAGAAAAACAGAUCCCAAAGAUGGUAUCUCUGUGCUUACUGAAGUAGAACAGAAUGGUGCUCCUCACUUUGCAGUGUCAGAACAGGCAAAGGACUGUCAUAGUUUAAGCAGUGGUGAUGACUGUAAAAACAGUUCUAAAAUCCACACAAUGCAUGCUCCAGUGAAGCGCUCACAGCAGUCCCAUCAAAAUGGCAUUUCCUUUGUGAAUAUUGACUCUUUUGAGCCAGACAGCAGUGAAGGGGAGGAAAAUAUUUUCCCUGUGGAAGAAUUUUCAUUAACGAAAGCGAAAGGAAAGCCACCGAGAACCCUCGACAGCAUGCUGUCAGAACUGGAGAAGGAAUGCUUUAGUGAAAGUCGGCCUGACUCUUCCAGGACAAGUCACAGUUCUGCAAAGGACAGUUUGUCGGUAGUCUGCCCUGUAUCGUUAAGCAAAUACAAAAAUAGAAGUCCAGACCAUGCCCAGUGGAAUGUAUCAAUGGGUGAAGCCACAGGAGAUACAAGCAUAGAUAUCUGUGAAAUACAACAGAAGAAAAGUAAAGCUGAUAUUGCAGCAAUAAAUACUGUAGCAGUCUACCAUGAACUAAAUCCCAAUAACACACAGUUGGACCUAGGGACUGAACCUGUUGUUAGGCCAAAAAUUAGAAAGCAAGUAUCUUCAAGUCCCUGCACUAAAAUGAACUUACUUAGGGUUGAAAAUGAAGGAAAAGAAAGUUCUAAACAAGGUGAUUGGGACUCCCAAGUCCGCAAAGACAGCAUUUCUGUGGACGAGAAAAGACGGCGUGACGCAGUGUUUGACCCAAUAGAUUUUGAAGGAGCCAGUGAUCAAAUAAGGACCUGUAGCAAAGAUCUGGAAAAUAGCCCUUUACACGAUAAGUCUGCUGAGGACGAUGCUUUUUGGGAUGACUUUAAAUUUUAUGGUGUGACGUUAACGGGCUCUAAUAAGGAUGAAGACAGUGAUGGAGAGUGGUCCACGUGCUUGCCAUCCUACUUCUCCGGUGAUAAAGACCAAUCUUCUAGUGACGAAAGCUGGGAGACUCUCCCUGGGAAAGACGAACACGAAGUACAGAGUAAUAGCAGCAGUCUAGAAGAGGAGAACUCCGAUUUCUGCUUCCAAGUUGAGGAGCAAAACUCUUUAGAAGAUGGAGAAAUUCCCUGGCUACAGUACCAUGAAGAUAUCGAAAGUAGCACCGAUGAGGAAAAUGAAAUGGGCAGUCAUUUUGUGCAUCCAGGAUUUUUCAUGUUGGAUGGCAAUAACAAUCUUGAAGAUGAUUCGAGUAUGAGUGAAGACUUAGAAGUUGAGUGGAGGUUACUGGAUGACUUUGGAGAUGGAUUGGGAGUAGCUCAAGCCAUGUCUUACGUGGAUCCUCAGUUUCUUACAUAUAUGGCCCUCGAAGAGCGCCUUGCUCAGGCGAUGGAGACUGCUCUAGCGCACUUGGAAUCUCUCGCCGUGGAUGUUGAGCAGGCGCACCCUCCAGCUACGAAAGAGAGUAUAGAUUGCCUGCCACAAAUAGUUAUCACUGAUGAUCAUACCGUUGUAGGUCAAGAACAAUGUUGUGCCAUCUGCUGCAGCGAGUAUAUUAAAGAUGAGAUUUUAACUGAACUGCCAUGUCACCACCUCUUUCACAAGCCUUGUGUCACACUUUGGUUACAGAAAUCUGGAACAUGCCCCGUAUGCCGCCACGUCCUAGCCUCCCUGCUUCCUGAAGCCGCCGCCACAUCGUUUCUCUCUGGUCACGAAAGCCCCCCUUCGAUUCACAGCGCUGCAGGAACACGAUAGAAUAACAUAAAACCUUCCUAAACUUUACUAAAAACCUACAGUUUGUUUUCUUUUCAAAAUGUAUCAUGUAAAAUGAGAUGAUUCUGCAUACACAAAAUAUAAAUAAAAUAAAUAAAUAUAUAUAUAUAUACACACACACACACACACACACACACACAUACAGUAUGUUAUAUAGUAGCAUAGAGAGACUCAAGGACUUGUAAGCAAUUCUUUGUUUGCAGCGCUAGUUGCAACUUGAAACCAGUGCUAAUUAAUAGCAUAGAAUUAUUGCAAACUAAUACAUUUUGAAUGUCCUGUAUCCUAAACUCGAGUAACGGUUCUGCUUGCCUGUUUGUUUUUUCAUGUGGCACAUGUUUGUGUUCCUGUAACUGCAGUGCAGUUAGAGCUUUAAACCCCCAGUGCUGAAUAUUUUUGGUUAUUUGAGUUUAAUACUUUUUUUUUUUUUUUUUUUAAGGUGUGGAAAUCUAAUGCAAAGCAUCAAGUUUCUGCACCUUCCUGUAGUAAAAAAAGGCUGAUUGUGCCACUGUGUUUUGUAAUUGAUCUCUCAUGUUUGCAUCAAAUGUGACGACAUUCUGUGACCAUAACAAUAGUAUAACCAAUUGGUUCCGUUAUUACAAUAAAAUGCAUAUUGAAACAA